UAGUGACUCUGUCAGCACCAAGGACAGCAGCAUCCACGUCUCCGGCUACCCCCAGGACCAUGGCACAGACUCACCUGCAAGGAGUGGAAAUCUCAGCCUCUCAGUUCCUAGAAAUCUGGCGUCACUAUGAUACAGAUGGGAAUGGGUUCAUUGAAGGCAAAGAGCUGCAGAACUUUAUCCAGGAGCUCCAACAGGCAAGGAAGAAAGCAGGACUGGAUUUAUCAGACCAAAUGAAAGCCUUUGUGGAGCAAUAUGGACAGAACAGUGAUGGGAAGAUUGGCAUAGUAGAGCUUGCUCAAAUCUUGCCCACAGAAGAGAACUUCUUGUUGUUCUUUAGGCAGCAGUUGAAGUCAAGCGAGGAGUUCAUGCAGACAUGGAGAAGAUACGAUACUGAUCACAGCGGCUUCAUAGAAACCGACGAACUUAAGAGCUUUCUCAAAGACUUGUUAAAGAAGGCAAAUAAACCAUAUGAAGAAUCAAAGUUAGAUGAAUAUACCCAAACUAUGCUCAGGAUGUUUGACUCCAAUAAUGAUGGAAAACUGGGCCUUACGGAAAUGGCAAGAUUGCUUCCCGUGCAGGAGAACUUUCUUCUAAAAUUCCAGGGUGUAAAAAUGUGCGAGAAAGAAUUCAACAAGGCUUUUGAAUUAUAUGAUCAGGAUGGAAGCGGCUACAUCGAUGAAAAUGAAUUGGACGCCUUGCUGAAAGAUCUUUGCGAAAAGAAUAAAAAGGAACUAGAUAUUAACAGCCUUUCAACAUACAAGAAGAGCAUCAUGGCCUUAUCCGACGGAGGAAAGCUGUACAGAACAGAGCUGGCCUUAGUGCUUUGUGCCGACGAAAACUAGGAACGCAGAAUUCUUUCCCUUAACGGCUGAACCACUGUAUCUACCGUGCACUAUGAGGAUUUAGGCUCUAAACUUAGUUCUUUUUUAUCUGUAAAUCUAAUUGCAUAUAGAUAACUUAGCCAGGAUGUGCUGCAAGUUCUGUUUUUUUUCCCUUCUUUUUUUUUUCAUUUGUUCGUUUCUAUACUGUUUGUAAUGUACAGUUUUUUGUAACUAUAGGAGAGGAAAUUGAAAGAAAGGCUAUGCUUAGAGCCAGAAUGGAUAUUUGGGAGAAGAUCAUUAAAGAGUCAGUGCAUUAACAUAGAACAGAUAGAAUCUGUAUAUUUUAACCCCGGGCUAAGCAAUCUCUGACCCUUCAGCUAUUGCUGUGUUGAAAUUUACAUCACACUCAGCCAACCUGAGACUUGCUGACAGUGAUGGUGAUCGCACUUUGCCGUCCGAGGUCCUAACUAGCCUGAUAUACUCAAUUUGUCACAAUUUCUUCUAAAACUGGUCACAUUAUUGCUUUCUGACCAUAAGCUAUUUUUUCAGAUAAAAUACUGUGAAGGCAGCCACCUGACUACAUUGGAAUCAUCUAUAUACUCCAGAGUUACAUAUUAGUGAUACUGUCAUUUGAAGCUGAUGUAGCUAGUUGACUAGAUUAACACGUUUCCUCUAAUUUUGUGAUUAUAUACAGUUCAGGUGUAGUAUGUAUCCCAUCAACUGCAGAAUUGUCCUGGCUUACCUCCCACCCAGGACUUGGUCCUAGGGUUUCCAGGGCUUCUUGUUACAUCCGCUUAUGCUCCUUAUGCAAACUUAGUUCAUUCAACACAGAUUAUUGGGUUUUUUUGUUUUCUGUAUAGAGUCAAAAGAUUAUUUCUAAAUCCUGUUUACUUCAUCUAUUCAAAUAGUUUUUAAAAUAAAGGUACAGAUCACAUUAACAGUCAUCAGUUUCAGUGAAAUCAUUUUCUAUUAUUAAUGGGCUUUCUUGUAGCUGCGAAAAGUGGGCAUAGCUCAGAAAAAAAUGGUUAGAUGUAUAUAGGAGUUUGGGAAGCGAUGAUUAAGUUCCUCUUCUUAUGGCGCCCCUGAACAUGUAAAAUCCAUCCACUCAAUUAUUGGAACUAUAUCAUAAUAUACAUCCUACAUGCUGCUGGGCUGAACGUCUCAAAACACUGGCCAGCGGCACAUGGGCUUUCUAGGUGUCUUCUUUCAUAUGACCAUUAGCGCAACUCUGUUUUUACGUUAGCUGUUAGUAUCUCUUUAAUUACCAACACCAGCUGCAGAUGGCAUGUAUUAAAAUUCACACGCACAUAAACUAAAGAUCUUCAGAUAAUCUAGUCACGGGAUCUCCACAAGUAAUAAGACAGGAAAAUGAAUCUAACUUAAAAUAUUAGCGGAGAAUAUAUUUCAAGACCUUGUGUUGUAUGCUUGUAUCAAUCCUUUCUUUUCACUGUGGGGGACAAUCAAAGAAUACGCAUGCUUAGAGGGAAUAUAACACUUUUCAUCAUCUUACUUCACUUCAUUUCUACUGAUGUAUGAAUUUUAAUAUCUGUACCUAGCAGUCUAGGGAUGUUACAGGAGAGAAACAGAAGUGCCAAUGGAGAAGCAGACUAACCGCUGCGUCAUAAUAUACAUGAACAAACCUAAUACUCAAGAUAGUGUAUAAAGAUGCCUCAUGCAUAUCACAUGCAGAAUGAUUGUCAUCAAUCCAUUUUCUACAUAAUUUGCACUGAUUUGCCGGUUGUGAUGAUUAUUCUAGUGAACUGAUGUUUUUACACCAUGUUCUCUGUAUUCUGAAAUUAAAUUCAGCGCAUAAAACCA